CUGGAAGCGUAAGUGAUGGCACGCAGGAAAACAGGCAGCGUCUGUCGCUCGACUCUUGUGUUACCCAUCACGGCAGAAUUGGCUCAGGCUGGCCGCUCAGCAGCGGAGCAUCCACGCCUGCGGCGGCUCAACGCCCCCAAAGGGCGCUUCUUCCCCAGCGCCCCUGCGACCCAUCAUGCUCUCUACUCAUGGGGAGGCCAGCGAUCGGGUUGUUUUUGGCGUGGGUUUCGUCUACCUGCUGGUGGGCGGUGGUUUGGCGCUUUGGCGGUGCCGGCGGUGCGGCUUGUGUGGCGGGCUGGCAAGUAGGUUGUUGCAGUGCUCUGCGGUGUCACUGAUGCGGGGCCGAAGUAACCAAGAGCCAAGUGUCGACGACGAGGUCCUGGACCCUUUGGCGCAGCAGAUGCUGGAGGAGGUCCAGAGAAGAAAGCUGUCCCAGGUCAAAUGGUGUCUGCCUUAUGCGCAUUGUGCAAGCUUGUUCGUCAUUGCGUCUAUAUGGUUCGGGGGCACCUUGCCUACGACGCUUGUGCAGAAUUGCUGCUCACUUUGUAAUUCCAUACUGAUCACAACCGCGUGGAUGGUUCCCUCCACUGUGACACGAGGUUCGGUCGACUGGGUAUAUUCGGCAUUGAUGGCCAUCCUGAGCGUCACGAUGUGUCCACUUGCCAUCUCUGGUGAUGCAGUUUUCGAGUAUGGCAUCGGAACCUGGGUCGUUGGUAUGGGAUUCAGUUUCGUCAACUUGAAGCCAUGUCUGAAUGCGGUAUGGAUACUAUGCAUCUACGUCUGUGCUUGCCUCACUCUGGUUGUCGGGGAGCGAAGCGCUGGUCAGGAUUCCACUGCAGACCCUUUGAGGGAGGCAGCGCAGCUUGCCUCAGUGUCUAUCGUCUCCGUGAUCUCCCUGGUGGCGAUCGAUCGGCUGCUGCAGCAGAUGACGCGGCUAGAGCUCGAGGCGCAGUCGUCUCGCAACGAGCUGGCCGCCGCCCAGUCCGUGCUCCGGAACGUCUGCGACGUGGUCGUGGAGGUGGACGACGCGCUCCUCCUUAGAGAGGACUCGCCAGAGUUGCGCGACAUGCUGUUCCUGAGCCAACACCGGUCCCUGCGGCAGGAGGACCUGUGCGGCUUCCUGGCGUCCGCCGAGGACGCCGCGAAGUUCCGCGAGCUGGUGCGGGGCGCCGUGAACACGGUACCACCCGGAGGCGGGCAGUUGAGCUGUGCCUUCCACGUGCGCAUGAAGGACAGCGCUGGGAUCAUGCUGGAGGUGGAGGUGUGCGUGGUGCGGUUCGUGAACCGAGGGGGUCAGCAGGCGUACCUCGUCGGGAUCCGCGAGCACGUCGACUCGGAGCUGGAGGGGCUCCGCGGCUCUCGACUCACAGGCGGGCGGCGCGCAGGCAGGCGCGUGCCGACAGGGGGCGCGCGGGGGCCAAGCUCGAGCGGCUUGCCGCUGGCCGCGGCAACCGAAGGCUUGGGGGACGGCGCCCCCGGGUCCGACAGCCUGGGCUCGCGCUCGUCCACGUCCGAUGACGGCUCAUCGGUUUUUGACGGUAGUCUCCUCGACGCCGGGAUGAGCGUCUCGGUGGAUUUGCUCAGCGAGAGAUGGAGAAUCAUCAGCGUCUCCGACGCGUUCCGGAUGUGCUUGAGGCUCUCGGAGGACGGAGAGGACGAUUUCUUGCCGCUGGUAUGCCGCGACCAGACGGAGAGGCUCAUUGUCUUUGUGCAAGAGAUGCACUUCGUGCGCACGGAGCGCGACGCGGUCGCUUUCGAGGAGCCCGUCCUCCUCCGCACGGCGCACUUGCGCCGCCUCCACAUGUGCCUGACGGCGCGCCUGGUGCUGGACUGGAACUUCGCGACCCCGCAGGCCGGGGAAGUGGUCCGCCUCAGCCUCAGCAUCAACGAGACCAGCUUCCUGCACAGCCGCCACUUCCGAGCGCGGGGCGCGGGCCAUCCCCGCGGGACCCCGCGUGCGCGGCGGCCGCCCGCGGAGCUCUGCAGCCUCUGACGCCGAGCAAACCGCCCCGGCCCGCGGGCUCCCAGACUGGCGCUCGAGGAGGAGGAGACUGCGGGGGGCCUUUGGGCGGAGCGCGGCCUCGUCGGAGCCAGUUGUUGCUCCUCUGCCUCGCUCCCGUCGGCCUCGCUCCCCUCCGAGUCUUGCUGGCCAUCUCGCCGCCAGGGUGUUCCUUCCUCCUCCCCUCCUCCUUCCGUCCGCGGCGCCGAGGCCAGGGUUUUUUUCGCAGCGUGGCACCGGCGAGGCCAGCGCGGCCUCCUCCGCGUCCGGCACUAGCGCGUCCGCGACCAGCGGAGCGCGUCGGGCUCCUCUUGUCCUCGUUGCUUCCCGCCCUCUCCUCCGUCUCUCUUCCUCCUUCUGCGGGAAGGGGUUCCGAACCCCAGGGCUUUCCCCAGGGCCCCGAGCCCCAGGGCUUUCCCCAG